AGUUGUCCAUGAGGAAACCCAUGUGCAUGCUCGGCUGGACAUACCUUGUAUGUCCACAAAAAUGAAUGGAAUUUAUAAAAAACAAUAUCACCAACCUAGUAAUACAGAAAGCAAAAAUAUAAGAGGCUAAAAGUGUAAAGGAAUUUUGAGCCCAGUUGCUCCCUGUUAAUGGCCCGUGCCAUUCCCCUUAGCAUAUCAAAAACAAUUAUUUUGCAGUAUUACAAGUCAAAUAUGGUAUUUAUCAUCCUGCAUCUUGCAACAGCUAUCUUCUGCCAUCACAGUUUGUUACUCUGUACUAAUAAUGAGAUGGAAUUUGGGGUUAGGAAACUACGACUGGGUCGGACACACAAAGUCAAUGGAACUGCAUAACCAGCUGUGAUGCAUGAGGAAAGAUGCAUGCACUAUCAUCAGGUUUUUUACCUUAACUAGCAUUUACAAGGACAAAGCAACAUCUCUUAGCAACAAGGUGGAACGUUGGGAUAUAAUGCCAAAAGAAUCCAGGUUGGAACGGUCAGGGAGGCUCGAAGAGAGCUGUGGGGGAAGACCAUGCUACUGAGCAGUUGUACUGUAAGAUAAGAAAGUUGGUGUAUGGAAAGGGAAAGAAAAGAGGUGGAGAAAUGAAGAGAAGAGGAUAAGAGGUAGCUUCCUUAAGUCACUGGAAGUAUCAAGUUCUUUGCAGGCCAACAGAUGGCUUCCCAGUCAACAUCAGCACCUGAUGAUCUCAAUAUAUUUUAUUCUCUGCACUUUCUGCCGCCACCUAGAUGCACACCCAGCCCCAAAACUGCCCACUUGGAAAAUGUUAAGGACUCCAGUGAGGAAUCAAAUGGUGAGAAAAGUCAGCAGUACCAAGGGCUAACGGGCCUGCGUAACUUGGGCAACACUUGCUACAUGAAUGCUGUUUUGCAAUGCCUCUGCAGUAUAUCCCCACUGGUGGAGUAUUUUCUCUCAGGAAAGUACAUCACAGCCCUGUGCAAGGAAAAUGUUGAAAUUGCUACUGCCUUUGCCUAUCUGAUGGCUGACAUAUGGCUCGGAGACUUUGACUGUGUAUCACCAGAGGUCUUCUGUUCAGUCAUCGGUGAUCGGCACCCAGCUUUUACCAAAAAGACUCAGCAGGAUGCGCAGGAGUUUCUGAUUUAUGUCCUGAGUGAACUACAUGAGACUCUUAAGAAGUUAAACAAAAGAAGCAGCCAGGGAAACGUAUCCAUUGCCAGGGAAAACAGAGGGAUUUCCCCUGAGACGUCAAUCAUCACACAGCUAUUCGAGGGACAGCUCAGUUAUGAAAUCACAUGUCUGGAGUGUCAGAACACCACUGUUAAGAAUGAGGUCUUUACUGUCCUCUCUCUUCCCAUCCCUUCUGAGACUGCAUGCUCUCUACAGGAUUGUCUUGACUGUUUCUUUCAACAAGACAUUCUGACCUGGAAUAACCAAAUCCAGUGUUCAUGGUGUGGCACAAAGCAAGACACUGCAGUGAAGACCUGCCUAGCCAAGGCACCAAAGAUCGUUAUUUUGCACUUAAAGAGGUUUGAUUGUCAAGGCAGCUACAAAAGGAAACUUGGAACUGACAUCCACUAUCCACUAAACAACUUGGAUCUUUCUCCUUAUGUCUAUCCACUGUUUCGGAAGAAUCCAAAGUACAGUUUGUGUGCCGUGGUGAACCAUUUUGGGUAUCUGGAUGGUGGCCACUAUACAGCCUUCUGCAAACACACUGUCACCCAGAACUGGUACAGCUUCGAUGACUCGCAGGUCACCGAGAUUCCACACUCCUCAGUGCAGUCUGCUGCAGCCUAUCUCCUGUUUUACAGCUGUCAAGCCUUCUCUGUACCAACCAGAAAACAUUAGGCCCAUGGUUACAAUUCACUGAUAGUGUAAGCCAAGUUCUGUGUUCUCAUUAAACUAGGGCAGUACCUGAA